GAGCCGGGCUUCGUUGGUCGUCUGUUUUCCUCCGUCGGGUCGGCGAUUGGCAGAACCCUAAUCUCUGAUUCCGGAUCGUUCGAUUGCUCCCGACACCGGAUCGGAGGAGAGGAGAGGAGAGGAGGAUCGGCUGAACCUGGGCGGCGAUGGGGAAGAAGAAGAAGAGGCCGUCGAAGAUGUGGUGCUACUACUGCGACCGGGAGUUCGACGACGAGAAGAUCCUCGUCCAGCACCAGAAGGCCAAGCACUUCAAGUGCCACGUCUGCCACAAGAAGCUCUCCACCGCUGGUGGCAUGGCCAUCCAUGUUCUCCAGGUCCACAAGGAGACCGUCACCAAGGUUCCUAAUGCUAAGCCUGACAGAGAAUCAACUGAUAUUGAGAUUUACGGAAUGCAAGGAAUCCCUCCUGAUAUAUUAGCAGCACACUAUGGCGAAGAUGAAGAGGCAGCAGCAAAGACAAUGAAAAUGGAAAUGCCAUCCACUGGGCUUGUUGGAGUUGUACCUGGUUCAAUGGGCAUAAGAUUUCCUCCACCACCAACCUAUGGUGCAGUUCCACCAGCAUACAAUCCUGCACUUCCAGUGCCACCUCCAACAUGGCCUGUUCCAGCUGCUCGUCCGCAACCUUGGUUUCCACCACAGUUGACCAUUCCAGUUCCUCCUGCACCUGUUGUGGCACCACAACAACCAUUAUUUCCUAUUCAGAAUGUUAUGACUCCUUUGAACUCCACUUCUGGUGCUGGACUUCAAUCACCACUUCCACCCGGCGUAUCAUCAUCCACACCACCUGCAGUGUCCCAACCACUAUUUCCAAUCAGUAGUCCAGCUGGUGUACCAGCUCAGAGUUCCCCAUUUUUGGCAACAUCCUCACCUGCAGUCAUUUCCUCAACCUCCCCUAUGAUGUUGAAAGGUGUAGCUGAUGCAAAUCCUGUAUCAAGUAUUGCUGCAAGUGGUUAUGUUGCUCUAAACAAUUCAGGUGUUGUUUCAUAUACAAAUUCACAUGUGUAUGCUUCUGGUCCAAACACUGAGAACCCUUCAAUUGGACCUCCACCUGUGAUAUCCAACAAACCCCCUGCUUCCCAUCCCACCGCAAAUGAGGUGUACUUGGUUUGGGAUGAUGAGGCAAUGUCAAUGGAAGAAAGAAGAAUGUCUCUACCAAAGUAUCAGGUGCAUGAUGAAACUAGCCAGAUGAACUCUGUCAAUGCAGCCAUAGACAGACGGAUAUCUGAAAGCCAUCUUGCAGGUCGUAUGGCUUUCUAGUCUUUUUCCUAGUGCUGGAAGUUGAAGUCUCUUUGGCGAUCUUGGAAGGACUUGAGAUCCAAAAGCAACAAGCUUCAAUGAUCCUUCUGAAUAAAUAUGCUCUUCAUCAGAGGUUGGUUUGUCUGUCAAAGUAUCCAUAGACAAUUUAGACGAGUUUGUUGUUUCAUUUGAUGAUGAAUAGGCUGUGAGUUAUAAGUGUAAAGGUUUUGAACGGUUCUUCUAUCAAGAUUCUCAGCAGUUCUUCAGAAACUAAUACCACUGCUUCAUUUUGGUCAUUCA